AUGGACCAGUCGAUUCUCCGGAUCUCCAAGGAGCUAAGUGAGCUCCAGAAAGGCUCAGACCUCUCGCUCGCUGUCGCCUGCCGUGACAUCGACGUGCGGAACGUGAAGGCCUUGAUCAUCGGCCCUCACGAGACUCCAUAUGAAUUCGGCUUCUUCGAGGCCCCUCAUGUUACCUGUGUCACGACGAACAAUGGCCGAACUCGCUUUAACCCCAAUAUUUAUGCGAACGGCAAGGUCUGCCUGACCUGGCGGGGAGAGUCUGGAGAACAGUGGUCGUCAGCACAAGGCCUUGAAUCAAUUCUCAUAUCAAUUCAGAGUUUGUUGUCCGCCAGUCCAUACGAGAAUGAGCCUGGAUUUGAGAGACCCCGUGGAGGGGAGGAUGAAAAACUUAAGAGGAAGGCCUAUGCGCAGAAGAUCCACCACGAGACUCUGCGCUUGUCCGUCAUUAAACGCCUCGAAGACUAUCUGCAAAUCACAGCUGAUGGCAGAACAAUCAAGCCGUCAAAUGAUAGGGACCAAGACCUAUGCGAUGAUGCCGAGGAGGUCAACGUACCAUUUGAGCCAUUCAAAGAUCUCUGCAAGAGGAGAUUCCUAUGGUAUUAUGAGUCUUAUCUAGAGGCGGCCAAGAAGGGAAGCACCCUGGUCAGACCCAAACAACUGUUUGCAUCUACGCCAUUUGAAUCCAAAGGCCACAAUACCAUGGAUGGUUCAUUUGAUUACCCGGACCUGGAAAGGAGAUUGAGCAAUAUCAAAAAGGCUCUGGAUGAAGAAACAGAGUCCUGGGCACGCGAAGGCUUAGAGAGCACUGCGGAAGAGACAACCGUUUCCGUGAACUUGAAGCAUCAAUUCGAGCAGGUCGUGGCGACCUUGAAGGGCGGCGAUAUGCCGCACAACGUAUCUCUCGAGGAUGGAAACCCCUUCGUUUGGAUUUUGACCUACUUUGGGCGACCAAUGACCCAUUUCGACUCUGGGUUACUGCGCAUUCGAAUCAACUUUAGUCCCCGAUUUCCUGAAGAGCAGCCUCGCGUGAAGUUUGAAACACGCAUUUUCCACCAUCUUGUUGCUCCAGAUGGAACUAUUUGUUAUUCGCCCAAGCCUAACAAGAAGGAAGACGUCAUGUCUCAUGUGGAGGCCAUCAUUUCCGCUUUGGAGGAGGACGAACCAGCCUACGACCCCAGAAAGAUUGUAAAUCUUGAAGCCAACAAGUUGUUUUGGAAUGGGGCAAAGGAUGGGAAGAAGCUAUAUCACCGACGUCUCCGUCGCUCGGUACAGGAUAGCACUGAGUAA